AUGGCGAAGCGGUACCGGAGCCUGUACUUCAUAGCGAUUCUCGUCGCCGUGUUCGUGUCGGCACCGCCGGCCGUAGCUUUUACUGAUCUGCUUGACGUCGUAGCUCUUCGAGAUCUUUACAAGACCCUCAACCAACCACCGCAGCUGAAGGGUUGGAGGUUGGAUGGAGGGAAUCCCUGCGAUGAAUCAUGGGAUGGAGUAUCGUGUUUUGGCUCUUCAGUAAUAUACCUCGAGCUCAAUGGACUAAACCUCUCUGGGUAUAUUACUCCCGAGAUCUAUAAUCUCUACAGUUUGAAGCAACUGGAUAUUAGUUCCAAUAGCAUUGGCGGUGAAAUUCCCUAUGUCUUACCGCCCAAUGCUACUCAUAUAAAUAUGGCAUACAACCAUUUAAUCCAGAAUAUUCCCCCAUCCUUACCUGGCAUGAAAAGUCUCCGACACUUGAAUCUAAGCCACAAUUUGUUGUCUGGACCCAUUGGCAAUGUUUUUACUGGCCUACAGAAUUUAAGAGAAAUGGACUUGUCGUAUAAUAACUUUACUGGAGAUCUGCCAAGUUCAUUUGGAUCCCUCACAAAUCUCACUGGACUGUACUUACAGAAUAACAAAUUCACUGGAUCAGUUGCUUACCUUGCUGAACUUCCACUAAUUGAUCUGAAUAUCAAAGAUAACUAUUUCAGUGGUAUCAUCCCCAGUCAUUUUCAGUCCAUACCAAAUUUAUGGAUUGGGGGGAAUAGUUUUCAUCUGCCAGGGGACAACUAUCCACCCUGGAAUUUCCCUCUAGAAACGCAAGGAAGUAUCAUUGAAUCGAACAUCCACCCUCCUCCAGCAACUCAGUCAAGUGCCAUGGAGAAGAGCAACCCCUCGACCAAAUUAGGUGGACACAAGAAGAGGACGCUUGGCCCCGGAGGAAUAGCUUUUAUGAUUGGUGGAGGAACUCUAGUCGCGUCAUGUGUGGCACUUUAUAUUGCACAUCGUAUCAAGCAAUCUAUAGAUAGUCCUAUGAGUGCAAGAGAAGAAAGCCCACCUAUACUGACUCUCAGGUCACCCAUUCUACUUCCAAGGCGAUUACCUCCAGUUUAUCAUAGCAGAGUAGAGAAAAGUAGAAAAAAAAGUUUCUCUGAUAAAAGCAGAUUCCCAGUGAGAAUCAAACUAUAUACUGUGGCAGAGCUUCAGUCAGCUACGAACAGCUUUAUGGAAGAAAAGUUUCUGGGCCAAGGAUCACUUGGUUCUGUUUACAAAGCUGAGUUUCCUGAUGGCCAAAUUUCUGUUGUCAAGAACAUGAAGAUGUCUGGACUAUCUUUCCAUGAAGAAGAAAAGUUCCUGGAUCUUGUUUGGACUCUAUCACGUUUGAAGCACCCAAACAUCGUACCACUUCUUGGCUAUUGUGUGGAGCAUGGACAACACCUUCUUGUGUAUGAAUAUGUCAGAAAUAUAUCCCUUGAUGAAGCACUUCACAGUGACGCAUACAAGGCUCUGUCGUGGGGCCUUCGUCUCCAGAUUGCUCUUGGUGUUGCUCAAGCUUUGGACUAUUUGCACUCCACAUUGUCGCCUCCAGUUGGUCACGGCAACUUGAAGAGUGCCAAUAUCUUACUUGAUGAAGAACUUGCUCCUCAUAUCUGUGACUGUGGGCUUGCUAUUUUGAGGCCACUUACGAGCAAUAGUCUUAAACUAAAGGCUUCAGAAGAUGCUAUUGGUGACACUGGCUACAUUGCACCUGAGCAUGGCCUACCAGGAUUUGAUAACACAAAGAGUGACGUCUAUGCCUUCGGAGUACUGCUUUUGGAGCUCUUGACAGGAAGGAAACCUUCUGAUAGUUCAAAACCAAGGGAAGAGCAAUCACUGGUGAAAUGGGCUUCAUUGCGGCUUCAUGACUAUGAGAGUCUGGAAGAGAUGAUCGAUCCAGGCAUUAGAAAGACAUGUUCCUCCAAGGCUCUCUCAAAUUUUGCUGAUAUUAUCUCCCUUUGUAUACAGCCAGUGAAGGAAUUCCGACCACCAAUGUCUGAAGUUGUGGGAUCUCUAACACAACUGAUGCAGAAGCUCAACAUGGGGAAAGGAAAUGGAGCAGAUGGUACCCAAGUUGACCCCUUUGAGAGAUCUUUCCGUUCAACCAACACCCGCUUCAUGGGCUCACCUACAUUGAGCUAUUUUUCCGUUUGA